GUUUACCUGAUCAAGAUACAGCGCUCAUGACGGGUGUAAUCGAUCGACAGGGAAUGCUUACUCCUCCUAAGUACCUGAUCCCACCUCUGGUGUAUCCAGGGAUCCGUGUUGUGAGACUGAUUACUUUGGAAGUGACUGUCAGCCAUGUAUCAAGAACGACAACUGUGAAGUCUGUGACGUAAACAACGGGGAAUGUUAUGUCUGCAAUACUGGUUAUACAGGACCAAAUUGUAGCAUGAGUAUAUGAUUCAAUAUUUUCGUGUAAAACUGUAAAAUGUGAUGUAUGUAGGUUUCUUAUCAUCUUAUCAAAACAUACCAGUCAUUUAUAAUUGAAAUUAAGGUACCGCAUCGGCAUGCGAGGUCAUUUGAUGUAGCAGACGUAAAUGUAAUUAAUAAAUAAGGAGCAUUAUGUCCACAGACGUGGUUAUACGUGAACAGACUAUACCAUGAAUUCAAUAUCUUAGUAUUCUAUAUCGGUUGAUUUAAAAAAGUAGAAUUAGUUAUAUAAAAGUAGAUGUAUCUCACAUCAGUGUGUAUUUUCUUUUAAUUUUGAGGUAUUUUCUGUGAAAAGAUUAUUGAAUGAGGCAGGCAUUGAUUGUAUUAGGUUCUGACGUAAGUCUACAUUGUAAUCGUUACAAUACGUGUAUCAUCAAUGUUGUAGGUACCGAUAAUGUAGCUCUACAGCAAUACACAGAAUUGUAUUCCUAUGAUUGGUAUCUUUAUGGUUACCUGUACCAGUCUUCCUAUCUACUGGUGGAUGGAAACACCACACAAUCGAGCUGUAUUGAUUUCAAGUCUUACCUGAAUGGAACGACAUUUUCAUUAUACGUUUAUCUUCGGAAUGUGUACAACAUCAAAAGUGUGCGGCUUUAUUUUAUCUAUGAAGGUGUUGCUGAUACUUUCGUCAAUUAUACAGUUUUCAAUUGGAAUUAUGGAUACUCCCAACAUUCUGGAAUAGAGAGGAUAUCUGCCAACUCUACAGAAGUAAUAAUUCCAUUCCAACACCAAGCACAAUACCUCUAUAUCACUUUCAGCUUUUUAGCUGAGGAACUCGCAGAAAUGAGUGAUGUGCCAGUUUUAUUUUGUGAAAUGGAGAUCAAUGGAUGUCCUGCUAAUCAUUACGGCAGUCCUUGUAGACCCUGUCCUGUAAAUUGUGACCAAUGUAAUGCCCUUGACGGGUCCUGUGUUUGUCAGGCUGGAUACAAGGGAGAAAACUGCACUGAAGCGUGUUCGAAUAGCACAUACGGUGUGAAUUGUGCGUACAACUGUGGAUAUUGUUUCAACGAAACGUGUGAUCACGUGACUGGGAAUUGUUCACUCGGUUGUGAUGGAGGUUGGACAACAAGUAAAUGUAGUACAGCCUGCAGCAGUGGCUCGUAUGGACAGAGUUGUGCGAUGAAAUGUAGCAGUCAUUGUAUAACACCUCACGUGUGUGAUCACGUUACCGGAACUUGUCUUGGAGGAUGCGCCACCGGAUGGAUAAAUAAAACAUGUGAUUCUGUUGAUAUUGAAUACUGCGUUGACUGGGUACCAUCGUAUGCGUCCGUAGCCUAUCAUAAUAUAACAUGGAGAGAAGAGGAUGCCGGUUUUGUGGUCAGAUACGAUCCUGCUGUUACCCUUGUAUGCAACUUCAGCGUGAAGUCCGACGAAGAUUUGUUAUAUGACAUAACUUGGUUCAUUGAUGGACUGGAAGUUGUUGAUCAGACUGUUGACUCGUCCAGUAAUUACACUGCUGUUAUAACGGCGCAUGACUUCCUGAAAGCUCAAAAGAAAAUAGGAUCAAAUGUACAUUGCAAAGUCGGGGCUAAGCGGAAAGCAGAGGAUACCCCGUGCCAUUUCAAAAUUGGGAAUCCAUUUUUUGCCGGAAUAAAGAUUGUUAACCCUAAUAUAGAGCUGGAAAGGAAGGGUUCUAGGAACGUAGAGUUGGAGAUGACGAUCCCGUUUGCCACUGAAUCUCUUUAUGUCAAUGGUGUUCCACAAACAGUAAGCGACCUGGAUAUACACAUGACUUUCAAAACGGACGGUCUGUCUAAAUGCAGUGGGGGAGGAUCAUCAAACCAGUGUGGGGUCAAAGUGAAAAGCUACAGCUAUAACGACAGACACAAAUAUCAGAACGAUGAAUGGAAGCAGAACAUAUUAUUUCCGGUUUACAGCCAGGAUACUGAUGGUUACGUCAUCAGUAGUCACAUGACUCUACGAUUAAAGACAGGAGGGACUAGCGGGAUAGGAAGUAAACUAUUUGAACACGUUCCCCUCCCUGAUAUAUCGAUCCGUGUACGAGAAGCGAACGAAGCAUGGAAAGGAAGGUCUUGUGGUGUUCGAGCAGACCCUCACAUGUACACAUUUGAUGGAAAAUCUUAUGAAUGUCAGAUUCCGGGACAGUUUAUCAACUACAGAAAUCAACAUCAAUUACAAUGGAUUCAAUCCAAACUUCACUUAUGUUUUCCGUCAUAUGGCGGCCCCUGGUGUGUCUGCGCAGUCGCGGCUAGAGCCGGCAGAGACGUGUUUGUCAUCGAUCUGUGUGGAGGAAGUGGCGUCAUCAACUUUGAGCUAUGCGAUGACAACGUUCUUCGAGUGACAAAGGUCCAUGAUAGACAUUACAAGGUAUAUUUUCCCACUGGUACAACCCUUUCAAUAUAUAUCAUGGAAUGGAGUGGGCACUACAACAUUGACCUAGAAAUUCUGCCGUCUGCCCCGGAUGUUGGAAAUGCUGACGGUUUGUGUGGAUAUUUUGACGGAGUAAAGGACAAUGACUUCAAAAGAAGAGACAGCAACAUCACUGACGACAUAAGCAUCAUAUAUCCCAAUGAUUUUUCAAAUUCAUGGAGGAUACAGGACAGUGAGAACCUCUUUACUGGGGACAGUUCGGUCUUCAGCAGUUUGAAGUCUAUAUCUACCAUUCUGGUCCCUCAGUGCACAUGUACCGAUGACGGUAAAACCGAGUGUUCUUACAGUACAUUUACACCAUGUAGCUCAAACCGAGGAAAACAGUAUACCUGUAACAUUCACCUCGUGAAAAACAGGAGGCGGAAAAGAGAUGUGUCUGGAGCGGAUCUUUCAGAAACAAGAAAUAUUACUUUCGUAAAGACCACGGAGUACGCAGAAGCUGUUUGUCUGCAGGCUUUCCAGGAAUCAUCGGAGUACAGCUUAUGCCAACAGCACGUAACAGACCUUAGUAAUGUCACCGUGUCCAAUUGUAUCGAAGAUAUCAAGAUGACAGGCGAUGAUAACCUUACCCAGAUUCACGUGGAAGCCGCUCUCCAACAGUGUUCAGCGUUUGUUCUUCUUAAUGCAACACUUCAAGAAUCCGAACCCGAGGUCACUUACACAAUAGAAAGCAUCUGUCCCAACAACUGCAGCAGUCACGGAACUUGUGAAGGCGGAAACUGCACGUGUUACAGCGGGUACGGCGGAAGUGAUUGUUCGUUUGAUUUACUGGGACCCCCCACAAUAACUGACGUACCCGGAUCUGGCCUGUGUGAUAUGUCCACUACAUCAUGUAACGAGGCUACCAUCAUGGGGAAAUACUUCUUUGAGAACAUGGACUCCAACUGUUACAUUAGUGUGCAUCAGGUUGAUGUAAACGAAACCACGGUACAAGAAGAACAAAUGCAACUUCCCCUGGAGGAGAGGACUUUGUUUGAGGGUUAUUGUCCUCUUCCUGUCAACAUUUCUGGUACCUGGACCACUGAGGUCAAGUUCAACAUCUCUAACGACGGAGUUCGUUUUACAGAAACAUACAACGUCAUCAUUUAUCAGUCUCAAUGUCAGGAGUAUCAUAAUCAGUCUGGAGAUGUCUUUUUCACCUUAAAGGAUGAGUUUUGCUACAUUGACAGCGCAUGCGUUCGUCCGAUGGAAAAUAGCUCCACAAAUGAAUGUUUAAUAUGCAAUGCUACAAAUGAUAAAUACCAAUGGACGGAAAACGAGGAUUGUGGACAGACUACAACAGAAUCCAUGUCGACAACAACAUUCGACACAACUACUUUUCCAGAGACUGAAUCAAAAAGCUCCACAGAACCAUUUACCGAAACUACAACAGACAGCGCGACAGAAAACAGCACAACAGAUAAACAGACAAUAAGUAUGUUCUUGUCUACACAGACGGAAACCUCUUCAUUAACCGAAGCUAUAAUUGGGCAAUCAACUAUGUCAGAGUCUACAUCAAGCAAAACAGAAACACAGACAACCUCUGCUACAUCAACAUCCCCAGAAACAGAAUCAACUUCUAGUACAUCAAAAUCCUCAGAAACAGAAACAACUUCAACAACAAGAAGAUCCACAACUGAUUCUUCAACGACCAUUACAUCAACAAUGAGAGAAAGAGAAACAACCGCAGCCAGAUCCACGACAACAGAAAGUACAUCAACAAAAUAUACAGAAGAACCGUCACAGUCUCCAAUCACGAAUAUACACCUUGCUGUUGGAGCAUCUGUUUCUGUUGCGGGUCUACUAGCUUUAUUUGUCAUCGUUGGAAUGGUGGCCAGAUAUUGUAGAAAACCGAAUAAACAAUCACAGCUACGACAGGAAAAUGGUGACGAAUCCAGAAACUGGAGGGACAUGUUGGUAUCUACACCACAUGAUGCCAUUUUCCCUCGUCCUUACAAGGAUUCGUUUAUCCCGCAUGCUACUUCCCAUCACUUCAAAUCUUUGGGCGGAUCGCACAGAAAUAGUUUUGACAGCAGAUUGCAGAAAUGGUGAAGAGAACUAAUCUUUACAGAUUGAAAUUGUUAAAGAAUAUUUGCUACCAAUUUAGCGUUGUUAAUUUUUUGUUACCAUCUAGUAUACUGUAGAACACUUAUUUCGCGAUACUUUAAUUUCGCGACGAAACAAUGAUGUAUCCAUUCACGAAACGUAAUCCUCUCGAGUCAUCUAUUUCUUAAGCCUCCUAUACUUGGAGAGUUUUACACAAGAAACAAUUGAAAUAAAUCUAGUAGACAAUCGGGGGAGGGGGGGGGGGGGGGUAAGUGUACGUCUUUCUUAUAUCAUUUAAUUUUCGCCGGAAUUCAAAAUUAUUGAAAUAUAUCUCCGUGAGUAACAUAUUGUAAAACUUAUACGGUACCGUGAGUAACAUCUAUCAGAUACAAUGUAGGCUUAACACAACAUACAUAUAUUCCUAUCUGUAUUUUCAUUGCUUUUUACCGUUUUAGCACGUUUUCUUCAACUACCAUCGAGCAUUGUGUAUUGUAUUUUAGCGGGCAAUCUAGGGUAUAUUGUAAAACUUUUACACGAGAAAUAGAUUGUAGCAAACAAUCUGGUCAUCGGGGUGUUAAGAGGAUGCCUUUGCUAUAUUAGUUAAUUCCGCAUGAAGGAUACAUUCAAAAUUAUUGAAAUUUAUUUUUUCUAAAGGUGAUGUACCUCUGACAUGAUCUGAUUACUUUUGCAUUUAAACGCAAUACACUAUUGUUCCCAGGAUUUGGUCGUUACCAUAUAUAAUAUCUUAUUGUAUACAACGUAGGCUACACACAAGAUCCCUAAAAGUACUUUAGUGUUAAUGACCGAUAUUUAAAAAUAUGGUAUUAUAUUUUUCAAUUACUACAUGAAAAGAAAUGUUUAACUGAUAAAAGUUUAAUUACUGUAUAUUGAUUACAGUAGCUCGAUUUUGCAGGUAACUGGUUUAUUUUAGAUAUAGUAACAUUGCGAGUCAACAGUACAAAUGAUUUGUAGUGUAAUUUUUUAUUUAUACGCAAAACAAUUUAUUUAGACUUGUAUAUGCUAUCAACUUGGUUAAUAACAUGUGUUUUGUGUACAAUGUAGUCUUCGCACAACAUCGUUGUAUCCCUAUUUGUAUUUUCAAUGUGUUUUUUUUUCAAUUCUAAUACGUUUUCAUUAAAUGAUAUUACCACUA